AUGGGAGAGGAGAAAAUGGAAAUGGAAGAGUCUACUCUGAUGGAGAAGGGACGGAAGCCAGCCUCGCCCAAAGCUCCCAACAAAUAUGAGACUCUGUUCCAGCCGUGCCUGGCCGAGACGGUGGGGACCAUGUUCUUUGUUUUUGUCGGCUGUGUGUCUGUCAUUGAGAAUGUGCCGGCGGCUGGACGGCUGCAGCCGGCCCUGGUGCAUGGCCUGGCUGUGGCGGUGUUGGUGGCGGUCAUGGAUAACAUCAGUGGCUCCCAUUUCAACCCUCCCUUCACUAUCGCCAUCUACCUGUGUGGAGGCAUGGAGCUGAUGAUGGUGGGACCCUACCUGGUCAGCCAGCUGAUUGGAGGAGUGCUCGGAGCUGGAAUGGCCAAGAUGAUGACUCCUGCAGACCGGUACUUGAACGCAACGGGAGCAGCGUUUGAUAUCGUCAAGUCCGACAGCCAGCUGUCCGGAGCCAUCUUCGGGGAGGUGGCCAUGACCUGCCUGGUCACCAUGGUGGUGCUGCUGGUGGCGGUCAACAGCAAGACCAAAACCCCGCUGGCUCCGUUCCUGGUGGGCUGUACCGUCAUCGUUAACGUCCUGGCGGGAGGGGACAUAUCCGGAACGUGUCUGAACCCUGCCAGAGCCUUCGGGCCAGCUCUGAUGACAAACUACUGGACCUACCACUGGGUUUACUGGGUGGGGCCCAUAGGUGGGGGGCUGGUGGCAGCCGCUUUGCUCAGGCUCAUUCUGGGUGAUGAUAAGUUACGAGUCGUUAUGAAAUCCUAACAGACUCUAUGGUGUUCGUCCGUUGCCAUGCAGGGGUCAGUGAAUAUGUCCGUCCCACCAUAUGGGCUACACGCUUGAGUCAUGUGGCGUCACGGUGACGUGCGGUCAGUUUGACGCUGUUGUACUUUUCUUUGCUUUUCUUCCAUGCCAAACUGUGUGAUCACUGUGAAUUUUAUAGUAUUAAAAGAUAAAUAACAAAAUAUGUAGAUGUGUCUCUCCAUCGGUUCCCCUACCCAUGCAGAUGAA